AUGCCCUCCGUUAGCGAGAUUUGUGCUCUGCUGAAGGGAAAAUUCAUGGGUGGAGACGAGAACGGCCCAGAAUCACCACAAGGCAGACGUGGGAACAUGUCCCUCGCAGAGAAAAUGGAAAUGUGGCAUCAAGAGUUCUCUCAAGAGCACUCUGUUUUUCGAGAAGAUGCUCCCUCGAAGUUUGAGGGAGUUGAUGACUUGGAAGAUGACGACCCGGUAUCGAAUUCGGAGCUUUCAUUGUACAGCAAAAUCAUCUUGAAGAGUUCUGCAUACAGAUGGCUUGUGUCGACUCUCCAAACCCAGGCUUCAUUGUGCUACGGGGAUGGUCAUUCCACAAUGGCAGGCGAUGAGAUACGGCAAAUGGUCCUCAAGCAGCUUCAGACCGGCACUAUCAGUAAGAAACAGCCUCCUCGGACAUUUGCGACUUGUUUCGUGCUCCCUGGAUACUGGAACACUCUAAGAUCAAGGUUGAACUUUUAUGAUGCCAAUGGUCAGACCAUCAGACUGCAAAACAUUGUCGUCCUGAGCGUUUCGUCAGAUACAGAUGCUCAAAUAGCAACUGCGGGACAUUACAUGCGUCAGAUGUGGCAAGAUGCUGGAACUCUGCUAUUGCAAGGCUUCCAAGACUUGGUAGACGGAAGGAUUGGGGAAUGUAUUGAAGUUCAAGUACAUGACACCGCAUACAUCAAGAUACAAAUCAUUGGAUCUGAUGUUAAUGUCGUUUGCCAUGGUCCAGCGUAUUUUGCAGCGCAAUGCGCUGCACAACUGUGCUGGAUUGAUUGUGCUAUUCAACCUAAUCGCCCUCUCCCAGUUGUCCGUACUCCCUGUCUAACACAAAUUGGGGCGGCCAAGUUUCUCAUCUCCUCGCUUGACGAAACCACAAAAAGACACAAGGUUCUUGCUCAUAUAGAACGAACAAAUACGUGUUGGCAGCGGUUUGACCCGCUAGUCUGCGUUUGGGGGUUUCCUAUAGCUCGGCGUCCAGAAGGCUUCUCGGGAGUCGAAUUACCGCUUAGCCCUGCCAACAAUUCACUGUUCCUGUCGCCAGAUCUAUCCCUCGAAUGGCCUGUCAAAAGAUUGGUCCUCAAUCAAUGGGCUGCUACAUUAUGCUGCGUUGGAAGAAUCAACUCUAGCUGGCUCUGGCAUCUUGAGCGUACCUGUACUUGCUCCGCCGAGUGGAUGGAGAACUACAGCGGUGAUCUGCACAGACUCACCAUUGACGACAUUGCUCGUGAUCAACAUAUUCUAGGUUACUGCAAUGAGACCAGCGGACUUCUCAACAAUAGGCAGGACGAAACUGCCAGAGGCCAAGAAUCAAAUUCAAACAAAGAAUCCAUUGAAACGGUGAUCAAUACUCCAUUGAUGAAAUCCCUGGAUUGCAAUUCUUUUACAACGCAUGAUGCUCAGUCUGACUCAGUUGACACUGAUCUUUUGUCCAUAUCAAGUUUUUCGUGCGACAUAGACGACGACGCUCUACAAUUGGACAAAUGUGCAACCCCCAUUAUCGAUAUCGUUGCUCUUCAGCUUGUCUCCAAAAUUGCUUGCCGACAGGCUCCUACGUUGGAAAAACCACUAUGCGAUCAGGAAUCUAUGAGCAACGCUCAAGGCACUGCGAGCAUCUCGACUCAGGGUAUACAACGCGGAAGCCCAAACUCGGCUCCGAACCCAGGAAAAAGAAAAGCAAGUGACCAAGACGAAGGGGAUGAUGGAGAAGAACCGUCGCAGAAUCGUCGGCCUGAGAAGCGCUCGGCUAGAGGGGAAGGUUCGUCAAGACAACAAACAUUUGCCUGUCCAUUCUGGAAGCGCGACCCUAUUAAGCAUCGGACUUGCUUUCACGCAAAAUUACUCACUAGUUCGCGUGUCAAACAACAUCUAAGUCGCAGUCACACACCUCGGUUCUACUGUCAACUUUGUUUUGCCGUUUUCAAGGAGGAGCAAGCACAAGAACAACACGUUAUUCAGCGCUCCUGCAUCAGGGUGCCAGGCAUGCAACUUGACGGCAUCUCGCCCGACCAGCAGUUACAGCUAUCCAGAAAGCCUAAACUGACGUUGACAGAAGAGGAAAGGUGGUACCGGAUCUGGGACAUAGUCCUACCCCAUGAUCCACGCCCCAAAUCACCCUACAUUGACAGCCAACUUUCCGACUGCUGUGCGCGCUUCCGUGAACACUGGCAAAACCUUGGACCAGAGCUGCUGUUGAGGGAGAUUCAGUCUAGCGGAGUUCUAGCAUCUGCUGCCAUGGAUGAAGCCACCACAGCUCGGUUGCUGAGAAGGAUUCUGGCAAGAGGACUUGAUAUGAUUUGGGAAUCUUGGGCGCCGCCCUCCAGCUCUAUAAUUCAGCAAAAUCUGCUGCAGCAGCUUCCUGCCACACCUGCAUAUACUCAAGAGCAUAACUCGCUCGGUCCAGUGAGCAGUACAACCUCAACUAGCUCCAUCGUGGACGUGGCGCCCGAGAUACAUGGAAAUUUACACAUCACUCCAUGGGUGGGCACACACCAUCAAAGAGUCCCUGAAACCCCAGAUUUGAGCACGACGGGUACAUAUACAGUGUCUCAAAUGGUGUUCUCCAAUCCCAGUGCCUCUGAAAUGGUACAAAGGCUUGAACAAACGAUAGAAUCUACCAACAUGCUUGACUUUGAUGACGCGGACAUCUUAGACAGCAGUCAUGAUUUUGGAGCAGACAUAGGAGACAUUGGUAGCUGGGUCGAUCUGUAA